AUGGCGCUUUAUGAGCUUUUCUCUCACCCAGCCGAGCGCCGGUACCGCGCGGGGCUUUGCUCCAAGGCCGCGCUGUUUCUGCUGCUGGCUGCCAUGCUCACCUACAUCCCACCACUGCUAGUGGCCUUCCGGAGCCACGGGUUUUGGCUGAAGCGGAGCAGUUACGAGGAGCAGCCGACUGUGCACUUCCAGCACCAGGUGCUGCUCGUGGCCCUGCUGGGACCGGAGCGCGGCGGGUAUCUUGCCUGGAGCACCUUCCCGGCUUUCAAUCGGCUGCAGGGGGACCACCUGCGUGUCCCGCUCGUCUUGACUAGAGAAGAAGACAAGAACCAGGAUGGGAAAAUGGAUGCAUUGCAUUUGAAACUGGACCUUCCCCUGCAGUCCACGGAGCAUGUGCUUGGUGUGCAGCUCAUCUUGACUUUCUCCUACCAGCUGCAUAGGAUGUCCACGUUCGUGAUGCAGAGCAUGGCAUUUAUCCAGUCCUCCUUCCCUGUUCCGGGGUCGGAGUUGUAUGUGAAUGGAGACCUGAAGCUACAGCAGAAGCAGCCCCUAAGCUAUAGUGGCUUAGAUGUGCGGUACAACGUGUCUGUGAUCAAUGGAGCCAGCCCUUUUGCUUAUGACUAUGACCUCACCCACAUUGUUGCUGCCUACCAAGAAAGGAACGUCACCACCGUUCUGAUGGACCCUAACCCCGUCUGGCUGACUGGAAGGGCCGCUGAGGCCCCGUUUGUGAUCAAUGCUGUCAUCCGCUACCCUGUGGAAGUCAUCUCUUAUCAACCAGGAUUCUGGGAAAUGAUAAAGUUUGCCUGGGUCCAGUAUGUCAGUAUCCUGCUCAUCUUCCUCUGGGUGUUUGAAAGAAUCAAAAUAUUUGUGUUUCAGAACCAGGUGGUGACUACAAUCCCAGUAGUUGAGGCAGCCCAGAGAGAACUGUAUAAAGAACACUUAUCAUAA